GUUUCUGGAACAAUCAUUUUCAGUUCUCUAAAGUCGCAUUAAAUGUCGGUGGUGGUUGUGGGUUUUUCUUGUAGCUGCAGAAGCAGAUUAGUGAAUGUCUGCUCUUCUACUUGCUCUUGUUGCAGAAGUAAAAAUUCUUCGAGCUGCUUCUGUACGAAGAAAAGAGUUACCAAACCAAAACCUACCACGAAGAUACUAACUUUACUUCUUUUGUUUUCUCUAUCAGCAUCAUGCGCCUUCAGUACAACAGCUGUUUCGAGCCAGAGGCUUUGUCCUCUGUACGAGCCAACUACGAGAACGACCCACGCUGCACCAGAUCUUCAUGCUAUGGAACAAGUAGAUUUCUUCGGGACCACCAAAACCUCUGUUCCCUGCAACUGUUCCCUUGCCCGCCAAGACUACCUCACCUAUCCCAGAGAAAAAGCAGACAGCGCAUAUUUGUAUAGGAAAAACCGACACACAGAAAAAUCUGUCAUGGGCGGCCCCAUAGCAUGGUGCUUAGGAUACGCAAUACAGAUUUUUUUGUGUAUUUAUUUUUGCAUUAUGCCGGCUUUUUCCUGUGUGAUAUCACCUCCGCCUUUCUGAAACCGGCGGAGGGGUCCCCGCAGGGCGUUUUCGCGGCGCAGAUCAAUCUGCACGCCCCGGGCGGUAUGGGAAUGUCAGGAUCGAAAUCGACAAAGUCGAAAAAUUUGUGAUGCAUAAAAUGUAGGGCACGCGACGCCUGUAUUGGGGAGCAGGCAAAUGAGACCGAUUGCAAGCCUCUUUAGGGGUAUACAAUGUGUUGCCAGAGUAGCAUGACAGGAGCAGUCUGCCUUGCCCAAACAGCAUGACAGACUGGAUUUUGGUGGUCCCGAAAUUUGUCAUGCGCCAGUUGGAAACUGAGGCUCCAACUGGCAUCGACUUUGUGCAUCACAAAUUUUUCGAUUUUGUCGAUUUCGAUUCUGACACUUCCAUAGGCGGCUACGGAAGGUUUUUCUCCGAUGUGGUCCGGGAACACGGGUCGCACGAGUCCAGCGGGCUGUGGCUGUUUCUGUCGUUCCUGCACAAAGCGAGGCUGCAGAUACGGAAAGCGGCGUGGAAACGGAAGAUUCUGGCUUUUGCGCAGAAACUGCUCCGGGAAGUGGAGAGGGAUGAGGCUGGGCUGGAGCCGAACAGCAACAGGACCAAAAGCGCGACCAUUUUUGCUGGUGCCUCCACCCCAUUGACAACCGACGCUAUCGCUGCCUCAACUUCUUCGGAUAUUCGCUUCAAACGCCGAACCCGGUACAGCCUUGCGGAGCUGUACCACCAGAGGCUUCUGGGCGCGGGUGAUGCAGAACGAAAAUCACGGCAGAACUCACCACGACCUGGAACAACUGGUCCUGCUGUGACUUUAUUUCCGUCGUCGAAGAACGUUUUACCGCAUGUCUCUGGUGCUCUAACUUUGUCCCACAUCCGGCAGUCGGUGCGGCAAAGCUAUGCGGAGUACGUGAAUGAGCCCUGUGUGGAGCUGAAUAAUUUGCCCGAGCCGGAAAAUAACCACCUCGUCCUUUCAGCCUACGACCACCUGGACAUCCCCACUGACCGGCAGAAGGAGGCGACGGACCCGGCCGCGGAAAUGCUGCUGGAUUGGCUGUACGAGGAAGUUCUCGCGAAGGGGAAGAUUUUGUGGAAAGACCCAGCGGCAAGAAGAACCGUAUCCUGUGCAAAAGUAUCGCACUCGUAUUGCAAUCAUGCAUUACAAAUCCUUUUGUUAAGGUAAAUCUGCAUUACAAAUUAUUAUUUUUCAUGCUGAAGAAAUUUGUAAUGCAUUUAUACGAACACGAUACUUUUGCAGUUUAUAAACCGCCCUCGGCGACCAAGACGUCCCCGACGACAUCGUGCUGCAGGAAGCGUGGAGCUACGCCAGCGACUACCACGGCAGCGCGCGAAGUGCGAAUUUGACGCGGGUAGUUUUUGGUGGAAUUACAUCAGCAGGCGGGGUUGAUGAAACCAAAAAAGGCGGUGGAGACCAGGUUGAUACUGACCGACAUGAAGAACAAGAACAUCUUCACGAGGAUAACAAUGAAAAUGACCCCACCACCGACAACAUAGACAUUUUCGACGUCGAACCCCGCAUGACGUUUCUCGUAUCCACCGCAAAAGUAUUAGUAUCGUGCUCGUUCUAAUCGCGUCUAUGCUUUACAAAUCUCUCUCUUAAGGCAUAUCCGCAUCACAAAUUUGAUUUGUAAUGCUAAGUCAAUUUGUAAUGCAAUUCAUACUAGAACCACAACUAGUGCGAUACUUUUGCAUUUCAUAUCUCGACUUGGGAAGCAACUUGGGUAUGUGGUCGCUGCUCGCCGCGGUCGUCCACAAAGCGGAGGUGUUCGCGUUUGAGCCGGUGCUAUGCAUUGCAAAUAUGUCUGGGGGUGGAAAGUUGGAGCUUGUUAUGCUGGUCUUGCAUUCCUGUGAAAUCUGUAUUGCAUGACCAACAAAAGUGCCUGCCUCUCACGUCAUAUUUACAAAAACGCAGCUUCUACUCAUUCGGAGUUCGUAUGAUAAAGCGUUCUGCAGGCUUUUCAUGCCUUCCUGCAUGAGGAGGUGUUUUCAUCGUGCACAUUUUAGCAUCACAAAUUUAUUUCCAGGCCUAGACAUAUUUGCAAUCAUGCAUAGGUGCUCGGAAACGUCCGCAAGCUGCUCGACACGCUGUUUUGCGACAACAAGGAGCUACUGCUGCACAACUACGCGAACCAUUUUUUGCACGUGGUCCGCGCGAUUGUCGGCGCCCCGGAGACCGAGGGGGAGGAACGGGCGCUGUCUUUGGUAAAUUGGAGCUCGGUGGUGUUGGACGAAAGAGAUGUGAAGUAUCCAAAGAAAAAAACCCAUGCAGCCCAUCCAAUUUGUCAUGCAAAAGAUGCAUAAGAUGCAGCUGUGUCUGUCAUUUACAAAAAUUGGAUGGGGAUGGGUGUUUUUUUUCUGUGGAUAUGAAGGAGAAUGAUUUACAGGAACGAAACGUCGUGUGGCCGCAGUGGCAGAGAGAUCAUGGUCAACAUCAAGAAGGCGAAAUGAGUGGAGAAAAACAUCAGCAGGUCGACGGUGAUCAUCUUGAAGCGGUCGAAGACGAAAUUUUUGACGAGUCAAAAGAUAGAUCGAGCUCUGCUCCUCCUUCCAGCAGCAUUACUUCAGCCAGACAGCAACAUUAUUACGAUGGAAAAGAAGUAGAGGACGCAGCAAGAGCAACACCAAGCUACCUGGGGGAAGAUCGUCAUGCAGCGAGCCUGGCGGUGCAGGAAGCCGCGAAGCUGCAGCUGAUCAACAAGCACGAUGUCAGUGUCCGUCUGCACACCGUCGACACGAUUUGGAACAAACACUGGCGAUACGUUGAUAACAAGCAGCGGAAAAGGGAGCAUAAAAAACGGGAUCUCAUCGUCAAGGCCGACGUAGAAGGGUACGAAUGCGCGGCGCUGCUGGGAGCUGCUGAGUUUCUGCGACACAGCCGAGUGUGGGCGGUGAUGUUUGAGUACUCUGCAUUCUGGGCGGAGAAGACAGGAACGAACAAAAAUAAGGCCGGAUCUGACGACCCGGGAUCAUCUGGAUCUGCUGGGCCUGAAGGCAGAACACGAACGUCAGCACGUUCUACUUCACGACCUCCAGGGGAUGAGGAUGAAGAUGAUAUUGAAAACAUGUCUCUACCAGCAUCUACUCCUUCUACAUCCUCCCCGACCACUUGCACCGAUCCAGGCAUUCGGUCCCGCCUCUCGCAGCUGUUCAAAGACAUCGGGUUGACGCACUUCUACGGUACAGGGCCUGGAUGGGUGUACCCGCAGUUCGCGUGUCACUUACCGAACUUUUGGCGCUUCGUCGACCGGAGUAGAAUAUCAAAUGCAAAAGUGUCUGGGUCUGGAAGGAUGCAAACUUGUGAUGCUGUCUUUGGAUUCUAUAAAAAAUUUGUAUUGCAUGACCAGCAACCAAGAGGAGUCCACUUUGUACUACGUGGGGAAGGUGUUUCUCAUGCGUAACAGGCAUCUUCAGGAAGUCCUCUAAAAAUAUGUGAUGCUGGACCAUGCAUUACAGGCGUCAGGGGUCAUGCAAAAUAUGCAUGACAAACCUCUCACUCUUCCAGACCCAGACACUUUUGCACUCGAUAUAGAAUACACGUCCGGAACAGCAGCGCGAUCAACAUCAUCGGGCUGCCGGAACAUCUUGAGGAAGAAGAUUUGACGAAAUUGUGGAUGAAUACAAAUUUGACACGAGUGUUUUUCUGAGUUAUUUGAAAACGCUGCUACUUAGAGCAGGUACUAGCUCCUGUUGUGGCUUUAAAAGAUCACAAGGCUGAUGUCUUGAAGCCGACAAGAACUAUUGUAGACAGUGCCACUUACUUAGAAAGAUACAAGUUUUUUGUUUUUCGACCUGUAAUAACGAUUGCCCCUGUGGUGUUGGCGAGCAUCUAUAUGUGAGCGUUCUUCAAAGGAAAAUGUAAUGCCG